AUGUUUCCUUGCCAACUCUUAUUCGAGAAGGACGGCAGAGAACUGAUAAUGGCUGAAAAAAAGAAUUUUCUUUGUCCUUAUUGUUGUCUAAAUAUCAGUUAUGAUAAAUCGUUAAGCAAUUAUUUAGAGGCUCGGAAAAAGGUGGAAAAGUUAUUAAUCGAACAUAAAGCCGUUUGUGAAAAAAAAGAAAACCCAGUCGAGCAAAAAAGAUUAUUAGCCAAUAAUGAAACCGAACUAGCCUGUAAGCAAGCCCUAGCCGAUUUAAACAAACACGAAGAAGAGUGCGAAAGUGAUAAGAAAAUUAUUGCUGUUUAUUUCUCUCCUAAUCGGGGAGGAAGUAGCCAUGCCGAUGUUAAUGCUUAUUUAGCCAAUACCGAAGAUUUAUUAAUAAUCGAGCAGGAUAAUUUAGGAGAAUUGGCAUCUCGGAAUUAUUGA